UCUUAAAGAAAAAUUUAGAAGAAGACUAGAAUACGUGAAAGCAUGGAGAGGACACCUACACUUGCAUCCCUUGUUAGCCUACUUAUCAUAUUUGCCUCAGUUGUUGAACAGACAAGAGCAGAUAAAUGCAACGAGAGGCUAGGCCCUUGCGACGGUUGUGACCAAAGAUGUAAGGCCAGAUACGGGGGAUCGUGUGAAAGCAAAUGUGACGGUAUCGUUGGAAUGUUGUCGUGCACGUGCAUUUACCAGUGCCACCCCCGAAAGGUUUGCAAUGCUGGGCUUGGCAAUUGCGGUAUGAGCUGUAAUAGUCAAUGUUGUAAUGCAAAAUGCGCACAAAGAUACAGUGGUGGAGGUGGAUUUUGUAACAACGUUGCUGGCUUUAGUGUGUGCCAAUGCUCGUACCCUUGCUGA